AUGACCUAUAAACAUUUUAACUCAAAUCGUCCGAUUUCAACGUCAAUCACAACUCAAACAACAAGUUUACCAAAUACAAUUAACACCAGGAGGAAUGCCUUAAGUUCUUCGCCGCCUAUUGUAUCAACGGUAGAUCCCGAUGAAACAGAAUAUAUGACAUCAACUAAUUCACCAGAUAUUAUUAACACUAUGAACAAUAUCUUAAGUUCUUCACCACCUAUUAUAGCAACAAGAGAUCCUGAUAACAUAGAACCUAUACAAUAUGUCACGAGUGGGCGUGCACUUGGUAAUGUACUCUAUUUCAAUCUUAAUAUGUUCUGUUUAAAUGCUGGCUAUGUUAGUCGAGUCAAUUUUCGUCUAUUUACAAAGUGGGAGGAGACUGUGCCGCUCUACUUAUUUCUUAUAACGGGAUUUAUGCUUGAUUGUAAGAUCUCACAUCGAUAUGCCGUUUUUCCUGAAAAAUAUACUACAGAAUGGCAAACGAUAAACAUUCCUUCACAGACAUUUCUUAUAGGGUAUGGAGAAUUUUUAGCUCUUGGUAUGCAAGAUAGUAGUAACGCAACUCAAAUUUACGCUGUUGAACCUACAUCAUCUAUCGGGAUAAUAGUAAGAAAUAUAAAUGAAAAUACAACGACGUUUGGGUCAACUGUUGAUUUUGAUGGUGUUCCUGCAAUGAGUUUUUCCGUAGUUGAAGAUGAGAAGCCAACAACGAGGCGACUCGUACUUCCUCAAUGGUAA